AUUAAAACGCCUCAAUACGUUUAAGCCGCAACCGCGUCUUUGAUUCUUUUUGGGAAGUAAUAACAACCAUAAUCAUCUAGCAACUGACCAUGAAGUCAGCAGUAGCAGUUUCAUCGUCACUCCUCAAUUUGAAGAAUCUGUUAAUCCCUAAUACUCGUCGUCGUCGCUUAACCUCCCUCACAUCUGUUCUCCUCCCUAAAUUGUCACUGAAGUCGAUCACCAAUCACACCGCAGUUAAACUCCUCCCAUCUUCGGCAACCUCAGGUCUAAGAUUCAUCUCCUCCUCCUCCAUGGCAUCCUCUUUCAAACCCGAACAAGCUAGAGUUCCCUCCGCUCUUCCCCUCCCAGCUCCUCCGUUGACCAAAUUCAACAUGGGAUUGUGUCAGCUAUCGGUCACAACUGACAAAAAGAGGAACAUUUCUCACGCUAAGGACGCCAUCGAAGAAGCUGCUUCCAAGGGAGCUAAGCUUGUUCUCUUAUCCGAAAUGUGGAACACUCCUUAUACCAAAGGUAGUUUCCGAGUUUUUGCGGAAGACGUUGAUGCAGGUGGUGACGCUUCUCCUUCCACCGCAAUGCUCUCUGAAGUUUCCAAACGUCUCAAGAUUACGAUCAUUGGUGGCUCUAUACCUGAAAAAUCCGGGGGUCGUUUGUACAACACUUGCUGCGUCUUUGGUUCCGAUGGAGAGCUAAAAGCUAAGCAUCGAAAGAUACAUUUAUUUGACAUAGACAUUCCCGGGAAGAUUACUUACAUGGAAUCUAGAACUUUUAGUGCUGGAGAGACACCAACAGUCGUUGACACAGAUGUGGGGCGUAUUGGAAUAGGCAUCUGCUAUGAUAUCCGGUUCCAGGAGUUAGCUAUGAUGUAUGCUGCAAGAGGGGCUCAUUUGCUAUGCUACCCAGGAGCCUUUAAUAUGACAACUGGACCGCUGCACUGGGAAUUACUACAAAGAGCAAGGGCUACGGAUAAUCAGUUAUAUGUAGCGACAUGCUCAUCUGCCAGAGAUUACGGAUAUUGCUACGUUGCUUGGGGCCACUCUUCACUCGUCGGGCCUUUUGGAGAAAUUAUAGCGACAACUGAGCAUGAGGAAGCAAUUAUCAUAGCAGAGAUUGAUUACUCUUUCCUUGAACAACGAAGAUCAAAUCUUCCGUUGAAUAAACAGCGGCGGGGAGAUCUCUACCAGCUUGUAGACAUACAGCGUCUGAACAAACAAAUGAAUGCAGCAGAAGUUGUACAUGUUGAGAUGUAGUCUUUAGAAGUUUGGUUGCUUACAAUUAUGGGCCGUUCAUUUAUAAAAGAAGAAUUUUGUCAGGCUCUGCUUGAUUUUAGAUGAUCCGUUGUUGAAUGAUAAAAAUGACCGGACGACAUAAUGCAGUUAGAGCUUAUUAAGAUAUUCAGAGUGUGUUCUCGUCUUUAGAGGAAGUCACGUGAAAGAACAAGUAACGUACGCGUGUGGUGAGGAGGCCCGCGCGUGCGAGGGUCCCAUAUGUAGAAGAGAUCAGACACAACAAUGCUUCACGUGACAGUGUGGGACCUCGCACAGACACAGUUGAGAGCUUCACCGCGUGAAUGAAUCUUUCUUUUUUUGUGUGUCAGCUCUUAUUAUCUCCCCCUGAGCAGCUGCAUCUCUGACUCCCCCGUGCGAUUUUUCUUUCCCUUUAGUUUCUGUUUUUAUCUCACACAUCCCUAAAACUAGAUAGCUAGUUGUAUCCAUUGCAAGGUUCGGUUCCAUUUCAUAUGUAAAAAUAUUCUUUAGGGAUCAGGAUUAAUAAAUCUAUUCGGUAUAGAUUCCUUUGGUGAUAA